CUGCGAGCUUUUCGAUGGACCCAAAUGAUGAUCUAUGCAAUUGAGGAAAUCAACAAAGACACUGGUCUCCUUCCUAACGUAUCUCUUGGCUACAGAAUUCUUAACUCAUGUUCAUCACCUACUAAUACUUUACGUGCUGCACUAACACUUGCCAAUACACCAACAGAAAUUAAAAAUACUUCUGGGUGUCCUCCAGCUAUUUCUGCUGUAAUCGGAGAAGCAGGGUCAUCUCAGUCUUUGGCUGUUGCUGGCACUCUUGGACCAUUUCAAAUGCCAAUAGUAAGUUAUUUCUCAACGUGUGCUUGCCUCAGUGAUAGAGCUAAGUAUCCWACAUUUUUUCGGACAAUCCCAAGCGAUUACUUCCAGGCGAAAGCUUUGGCAGCACUCGUCAAGCAUUUUGGYUGGGAGUGGAUUGGAGCUGUUCACUCAGACAAUGAUUAUGGACAAAAUGGCAUCCUGGCUUUUACAGAGGAGGUUAAAAAGUUAGGAGUUUGUAUUGCUUUUGUUGGAACAGUUCUGCGUACACACCCUUUAGAAAAAAUCUUGAAAGUAAUAAAGAUGAUUAAACAGUCAACUGUCAAGGUAAUUCUGGCUUUUACUCCUGAGGGGGACUUUUCUCCUUUGAUGAAAGAAGUGGUGAACCACAACAUCACCGGAAUACAGUGGCUUGCAAGUGAGGCUUGGAUAACAGCACCUCAGCCAUCCACACCUGAAAUGUACCAGGCUUUUGGUGGGGCUCUGGGUUUUGUGGUGCAGAAGAUGGCUAUUCCAAAUCUGAGUCAAUUUCUCACCAAUAUUAGCCCAUAUACAGAUCCAAGUGCAGCUUUUAUUAAGGAAUUCUGGGAAAUAAUUGUUGGCUGUAAACCUGUCUUGCCUAGUAUGRACACAAGUACUGAGAAAACAAGUAAAAUAUGCACAGGCAAUGAGACGUUGAUGCAUUCCCAGGAUGUGUUUUUCAAUGUCACAGAAUUAAGGGUAACAUAUAAUGUGUAUAAAUCUGUUUAUGCUAUUGCACAUGCCCUUCACCAGCUGGUGUUCUGCAAACCAGCAGGAGAAGAAAAAAUGAGGCCGUGUAUGAAUAUAUCUGACAUUCAGCCUAAAGAGGUCACUUAUCACCUCCAAAGGGUCAACUUUCGGAAUCAAUUUGGGGAUUCUGUGUUUUUUGAUGAGAAUGGUGACCCUCCUGCUUCCUAUGAUAUUAUUAACUGGCAGUUGAAAMAUGGGCAGGUGCAACACGUGACUCUGGGUCAUUUUACAGUUGCUGAAAAUGGUGACUACAAACUCAGCAUACAAGAAGAAAAUAUAGUGUGGAGGACAGGCAAAACUACCCCCAUAUCUGUGUGCUCUAAUGUUUGCCCGAGAGGAACGCGAAAAGCUCAAAUAAAAGGAAAAUCGAGGUGUUGUUUUGAUUGUAUAACAUGCACAGAUGGAACUAUAGCCAACACAUCAGGUGCAUCAGACUGCAUACCAUGUCCACUUGAAUACUGGUCCAAUAAAAGAAAAGAUGAGUGUAUUCCUAAGAAAAUUGAGUUUUUGACAUAUCAGGAGCCAAUGGGAAUAGUUCUCACAGUUUUAUCACUACUCGGGGCCUCCCUGUCUCUGAUCACCAUGGCCAUUUUCAUCCACUGCAGAGAAACUCCUGUAAUCAAAGCCAGCAACUCUGAGUUGAGCUGCUUCUUGUUGUUUUCUCUUUGCCUUUGUUUUCUCUGCCCUCUCACUUUCAUUGGCAGACCAACAGUGUGGACAUGCAUACUGCGCCACACAGCAUUUGGUGUGACAUUUGCACUUUGCAUUUCCUGUAUUUUGGGGAAAACAAUUGUUGUUGUCACAGCUUUCAAAGCCACACAUCCGAGCAACAAACUAGCAGGAAAGUUUGGUCCUGCACAGCAAAGGAUCAUUGUUUUCUCCUGCACUAUGAUUCAAAUACUGAUAUGUGUUUUGUGGCUGAAGUUUAGCCCUCCAUUCCCAGAUAGGGUUUUCAAAUACAGCAACAAAAAGAUAGUUCUAGAAUGUAACACAGGAUCCGAGGUUGCCUUUUACUCAGUGCUGGGAUACAUAGGGAUCCUUGCAGUAAUAUGUUUGGUUCUUGCCUUUCUAGCGAGGAAGUUGCCAGAUAACUUCAAUGAAGCCAAAUUUAUUACAUUCAGCAUGUUGAUAUUCUGUGCUGUAUGGAUCACCUUUAUCCCAGCAUAUAUCAGUUCUCCUGGGAAGUUCACUGUUGCUGUGGAAAUAUUUGCAAUUUUGUCAUCAUCAUUUGGCUUACUGAUUAGCAUUUUUGUCCCUAAAUGUUACAUAAUAUUGCUAAAGCCAGAGAAAAACACCAGGAGGCAUGUAAUGGGAAAAAUUUAA